UAGAGAAUCACUCAGCACUAAAAAUUACGAUAACGGCAAAGAUGCCCUGCUAUUAGAUUUCAAUUCCAAUUAUAAAUAGGAUUAGGAUUUCCCUUUCUCCGAUAUUUAAUCCUUAUCAUUUUUCUCAAAACCAAUUUUCUGCUUUUUGAUCUCUCGUUUCAUUUUUCCAGAAUCUUUAAUACAAAAGGUAACAUUUUAAUGGGUUUGGGUUGGAUUUUGAAGAGAAAAAAGAAGCAAAAUUCUACGUCGAAUACCCCAACUUCAACGGCCUCUCCAUCUACAAGAAGUUCAAGCCAAACCCAGCUGCAGGAACUGGAACAAAUCUUCAACAAAUUGGACGUCAACGGCGACGGGAAGAUCUCAUUAUCGGAACUGGGUUCAAUCAUGGGUUCCCUCGCCCAAAAGCACCAGUCGAAAGAAGAACUCCAAAAGAUGAUGAAAGAAUUCAACGCCGACUAUGGUGAUGGGUUCAUGAAUUUCGACCAAUUUGUGGAGCUGAACACGAAAGGGGUGGAGUCGGAGGAGGUUCUGAAGGACGCUUUCUCGGUGUACGACAGAAACGGGAACGGGUGGAUAUCAGCGGAGGAACUUCAGGAGGUACUGAAAAGCCUGGGGGACGAGUGUUCGAUAGAAGAAUGUAGGAAGAUGAUAAGUGGAGUGGAUAAUGAUGGAAAUGGGAUGAUUGAUUUUCAAGAGUUUAAGGUUAUGAUGGUGGCUGCCCACUCCAUCCAACCUUUGAAUGGACUCAAUCUCUAACCAACACUAGCGUCCACCCCCAUUUUCUUCCGAUCAAUAGUGGAGUGAUAAAAGGAUAAAUUUUUAGUUAAUAUUACUUUCGUCUAUAAUUUCUAAAAAAUUCCUUUCAUCUCUCAUGAAAGUGAGGGGAGCAUCGGUGUAAAAUUUCUUACACUUUUUUAUAGCCCUCCAUUAAAAAUUAGAUAUAUAGCUAAAGUUAGAAUGAUGUUUUAGUUAAAAAAGAUGGUCUUCAAUCUAUCUCUCUUUCUUUUGAUAGUUUCAUUUCCCUCAAUUAUCUUUAAGAUAAAAGUUUUUUUAUUGUAAUUUGCAUGCAAUCAAGUUCGACAAUGGAGAAGAAAUUUAAAAUUCAUCUUUUAAGCUUUGAUCUUUUUUCUAACAUCAAUAGAUUACUUUAAGUAAUUCUUUGUUUGGGUAGAAACAGAAUAGCAGCAGGACUACUCUAAGAAUCGACCCUGGUGCAACCUGAAACAUGUGCAAAGCUUCAUAGUUCAGGCCAGCUACUCGAUUAUACUCUCGCCAAAUAUAUGUCAUUUGAA